AUGACAGAAUACCGGACUGAGUUGAAGAAACUGGGAGAAAAGGUCAUGGAAGCGAUGGACGAAAACUUGGGCUUGCCAUUAGGAUACAUCAAAAAAGCCUUCAAUGGUGAAGGAGACGAUGCCUUUUUCGGCACCAAGGUGAGCCACUACCCGCCCUGCCCACAUCCCGAGAGGCUAAAUGGUCUUCGAGCUCAUACUGAUGCCGGAGGUGUCAUCUUACUCUUUCAAGAUGACGAGGUGAGUGGCCUUCAAAUCCUUAAAGAUGGGCAGUGGAUCGAAGUCCAACCUUUAAGCAACGCCAUUGUCAUAAACAUUGGGGAUCAGAUUGAGGUGUUGAGCAAUGGGCGAUACAAGAGCGUUUGGCACCGAGUUCUGGCUACCCGAGACGGGAACAGGAGAUCAAUUGCUUCAUUCUACAAUCCAUCAAUGAAUGCCACCAUAGCUCCAGCACCAGAAUUUUUGGAAACGGUGAAGAAAGAGACUUAUCCCAAGUUUGUGUUUGGGGACUACAUGUCUGUUUAUGCUGAACAGAAGUUCCUACCCAAAGAACCAAGGUUCCAAGCUGCUGUGAGGGCCAUGUAA